AUGCCUCCAAUCUCACCCCACGACUCAGCGAUUUCUGUAGCGAUGUAUGAUGCGAACCCCUCCACCCACGCCUCAACUUCACCUCAAGAUGCUUCGAUGCCCAAAUCCGAUACCAGAUCACCUACCGCACAUCAAAUCCCCUAUCAGCAACUGUCCGCGGACGAGCAGCACGCGCAGGACUUAGAAAACACUGCCGCGGUACAGCAAGCACAAGAGGAAAUUGAUAUCGACUCGGGGCUAUCAGAUGCAGGCUACGAAACGGAUUCUUUGGGCGGCUCAGUAACAACUUCGCUCGCUUCAUCCGUUAGAGAUUACGCUUUUGAAAAUGGACGGAGAUACCACCGGUUUCGAGAAGGAGCAUACAACUUUCCAAAUGAUGAUAGUGAGCAGGAGAGGGAGGAUAUGAAGCAUGCGAUGAUGGUUAAUUUAUGUCAAACGUUACAUUUCGCUCCGAUUGGACCAAACCCACAGAACGUGUUGGAUAUGGGUACAGGAACUGGAAUUUGGGCCAUUGAGAUGGCGGAUCAGUAUCCAAGUGCAAAUGUUCUUGGGGUAGAUUUGAGUCCCAUACAGCCGGAAUGGGUUCCACCAAAUGUGAAAUUUAUGGUAGACGAUGUAGAAUCUCCGUGGCUCAAACCAGAAAACUAUUUCGACUACGUACACGCACGACACACCGUAAUGGCCAUCAAGAACUGGCCUAAGCUAAUGAAUAACGUAUACAAACAUCUCAAACCUGGAGGAUGGUUUGAACUCCAAGAAAUCCACCACUACCCACACUGCCACGACGACAGCAUGCCUCCAGAUCAUCUUGUCGCCCAGUACUGGUCUCUUGUAAUCUCCGCCCUCGCAAAUCUGGGAGUGAACUUCAAUGCGACACUUUUCCUCGCAGAUAUGAUGCGUGAAGCUGGAUUCGUUAAUGUUACUACCCGGAUAUUCCACGUUCCAAUCGGCGUAUGGCCAAAGAAUAAAGUACUGAAGCUCGUCGGAUUGUACUGGAGGACUAUUCUCAUUGAUGGGUUACAGCCCAUUGCCGUGGGCCCUUUCACAAGAGGAUUAGGUUGGAGUAAGGAACAGGUUGAGGUUUACCUCAUCGAGGUUAGGAAGGCGUAUAUGGAGGGUUGGGUUCACAGCCAUAUGCCGUUGCAUAUCAUUUGUGGGCAGAAACCUGAAUGA